AUGGGGUUCUCGGCGAUUUGGGGGCUCCUGCUCGGAGCAGCGCUGCUGGGUGGGGGCGAGGCAUCGUGCGGGUAUCAGUCCUGCCCUGUGACAAAACCCAACAUGCUCAAUAUCCAUCUUAUCCCACACACACACGAUGAUGUGGGCUGGCUGAAGACAGUGGACCAGUAUUUCUUUGGAGUCCGCAACGACAUCCAGCACGCUGGGGUGCAGUACAUCCUUGACUCGGUCAUCCUGGAGCUGCUGGCUGACCCCACCAAACGCUUCAUCUAUGUCGAGGUGGCCUUCUUUGCCCGCUGGUGGGGGCUGCAGACCGAUGCCAUGCGCCAGGCCGUGCAGCAGCUUGUUGCUGAGGGGCGUUUGGAGUUUGUGAAUGGUGGCUGGUGCAUGAACGACGAGGCGGCUGUACACUACUCGUCCGUCAUUGACCAGAUGAGCCUUGGGCUCAAUUUCCUGAAAGAGACCUUCGGCGAGUGCGGCCGGCCCCAGGUUGCCUGGCACAUCGACCCUUUUGGGCACAGCCGAGAGCAGGCGUCGCUGUUUGCGCAGAUGGGCUACGAUGGUUUCUUUUUGGGUCGCAUCGACUAUCAGGACAAGGCCCGGCGCGAGGCGGUGCGCGAGAUGGAGCAGCUGUGGCGUGGGAGCGGGAGUCUGGAACCCCCAGUGGCCGAUCUCUUCACUGGUGUCCUACCCAAUGGCUACAACCCGCCGAUGGCUCUCUGCUGGGAUCAGUCCUGCUCUGAUGACCCCAUUGUGGAUGACAACAGCGAUGAAAACAAUGUACAGAGUCUAGUGACCUAUUUUCUAGGGGUUGCAGCUGCCCAGUCCAAGCACUAUCGCACCAACCACAUUGUCAUGACAAUGGGCUCCGAUUUCCAAUACGAGAACGCCAACCUCUGGUACAAGAACAUGGACAAGUUGAUCAAGCACGUCAAUGCGCAGCAACACCAAGGGAGCCUCGUCCACGUUCUCUACUCUACGCCAAGCUGCUACUUGUGGGAGCUGAAUAAAGCCAACCUGUCCUGGUCUGUGAAAUACGACGACUUCUUUCCGUAUGCUGAUGGCCCCCACCACUUCUGGACAGGAUACUUCACCAGCCGGCCGGCUUUGAAACGCUAUGAGCGGCUCAGCAACAACUUCCUGCAGGUGUGCAACCAGCUAGAGGUGUUGGCUGGCACCCGAGCGAACGUGGGGCCUUAUGGCAAUUCCAGCAGUUUUGAGCUGCGCAAGGCCAUGGGAGUUGCUCAGCACCACGAUGCAGUGAGCGGCACCGCAAAGCAGCAUGUGACGAACGAUUAUGCCAAACAGCUGUCGGGUGGUUGGGAAGCCUGCCAGGUUGUGGUCACCAAUGCCCUGGCCAGUAUUGGCGGCAGCAAGGAGAACUUCAUGUUUUGCACGUACCUCAACAUCAGCAUCUGCCCACUGACUGAAGCGGCCCAUACGUUUGAGGUGAUUGUCUACAACCCGCUGCCACGCCAAGUGAGUCAGAACAUCCGACUGCCGGUGAACGGAAGCCAUUACUCAGUGACAGCGCCUGAUGGUCAGGCUGUUCUGAACGAGGUCAUCCCUGUAUCGAGCUUCACCCGUGGUGUGCGGCAUGAUCGAGGCGAUGCCAUGUAUGAGCUGGUAUUCCAGGCAUCUGCUCCACCUCUGGGCUAUAGUUCUUACGCCAUCUCCAGACUUCCUGGCAGGAACCCAGCGCACUCCAAGCUGCUGAAGAGAUUGCAUGAUCAAGCCCAGCCUGGAAAGCAGAGUCUCUCUUGGGGAAUCCAGAAUGAGCAUCUGCGGGUCCUGUUUGACCCCAAAACUGGCCUUCUGAAGGAGAUUCAGAACCUGGACAAGAGCAUAUCGCUGCCAGUUUCUCAAAACUUCUUUUGGUACAAUUCCAGUACUGGAAAUGAUGAGAAUGAGCAGGCAUCUGGGGCCUACAUCUUCCGUCCCAACAAUUCUGAACCUUUCCCCAUUACCAAGGGAGUCCGCUUUUACCAGGUGAAGACCCAAGUGGUACAGGAGGUGUACCAGAACUUCUCCAGCUGGUGCUCCCAAGUGGUACGGCUCUAUGCUGGACAACCGUAUCUCGAGCUCGAGUGGACCGUAGGACCCAUCCCAAUCAGAGACGGCCUCGGCAAGGAGAUCAUCAGUCGCUUUGAUACAAACCUGCAGACAGACAGGCGUUUCUACACAGACUCCAACGGGCGUGAGAUUCUGGAGAGAAGGCGGGAUUACAGGGCCACGUGGAACCUGAGCCAGACUGAGCCAGUGGCUGGCAACUACUACCCUGUGAACAGCCGCAUCUACAUCAAGGACCAGAAGGUCCAGCUAACAGUACUGACGGACCGUUCGCAGGGAGGCAGCAGCACAGCCGACGGCUCUCUUGAACUCAUGGUACAUCGGCGGCUACUGUACGAUGACAACCGGGGUGUAGGGGAGCCUCUGCUGGAACCUGGCAUUUACCAUGAUGGGCUCGUGGUCCGGGGCCGCCACCUCAUCCUCUUGGACACGGCCGAGUCCUCCGCUGAGCAACACCGGCUGCUGGCCCAGCAGGAGUUCAUGGCCCCUCAGCUAGUGCUAGCGCCUGGUGGGGGACCUCCGUACCAGCUCGGCCAGCGCAGCCUCAAGCAGUUCUCUGCUCUGCGCCAGGCCCUCCCUGCAAAUAUCCAUUUGCUCACACUGGCUCAGUGGGGGCCGGACUCCGUCCUGAUCCGCCUGGAGCACCAGUUUGAGCGAGGGGAGAGCAUCAAUGGCUCCCUGCCAGUCACCAUUAACUUGAUGAACUUGUUCUCCUCCUUCAACAUCAUCACCAUACAGGAGAUGAAUUUGGCUGCUAACCAGAAGCAAGAGGACAUGAGAAGGCUAAUCUGGCAGUCAGACGCAGGUGUAGCGAGUCACCGGUCAGGCCGCUGGCUGGAUCCAACACGGAUCAUGCUGCAGCCCAUGGAGAUUCGGACCUUCCUGGCUCAAAUACAGCAAGUGUUCGACUUGUGA